AUGGAGUCAAAACGUAGCACAGUGGAGAUUAGGAGUGCCGAUGAGGAGAGAUUCCGUGCACGGGUGGGAAGCUUGCCAGAAGCAAUAAGGUCGAAUAAUCUGGUGGAUAAGAAGACCAAACAGAACAUAGAAUAUCAGUGUUUCAUUAUUCAAAAGAAGCAAUAUCGGGUUGCAAAACAGUCCGAACUCACUGAUGACCGGAUAAACGAACUACUGGAUAAAUAUUACACUACGAAGCCUCAUUUAUGUCAGUUGUUCUGUCUGGAAGAUCACAUGCGCUUUUCUCGCCUUUUGGCGUUUGACAACACGACAUUUCGUCUCACUCUGAAGUAUUCAUCUAUCAAAUGUUGGACUCUGAGUUCUCGCUAUGUGGAUGCAAUCUGCCUGCUUGUGAAAGAGCCAAAAUCCGACAAACAAACGUUUGAAAUUUACCAGUGUACAAGCCAGCAAGAUGCGGAAAAUAUAAGUUAUCUCUUGAGCAGAGUAAAACAAGAACCAAACUGUAUGUUCGGCAAAUUGCGAAGCCCAUUUUCAGCCCCUUCCGCAUUGAAGACGUUUUUUGGUCCAGAUUCAAGUUUGUCGGAAAUGCGGAUGCAUAUGGUUGAUGAUGCUCAACAGACGGACUUACAGCCAGAGCAGCCGAAGUAUGGACCAUUCAAGGCACGAUAUUCUUACGAUGCGCGGUAUUAUAAAUCUGACUUGGAAGCCACGCAAAGCACAUCUACUGAGCCGUUGAUGGUUAGACGGAGAAAGACACUCCCGUAUCUGGAAGGUGUUCAGUCACCAAUAGCCCAUUAUAGGUUCAGUUCAGUUCCGAAACCUUCCACUCCCGAAGAUAACUGGACUGACAACGUUACGUUUUUGCAAUGUGAUCCAAAGCGCGGCCCACGCUUAUCAGCAACUGGGCCAAUAUACAUGUUUGCAGUGAGAAUCAAGGAAGAUCCGUGUACACGCACAAGCCUCACACUGACCUGA